GUCUAUACGGCUGGUUGGUGGAUUGACGCCCUGGGAGGGCCGAGUAGAAAUACUCCAUGAUGGUGAAUGGGGAACAGUAUGUGAUGAUUUAUGGGAUCUUGCCAAUGCACAUGUUGUUUGUAUGAGUCUGGGUUACGCAUAUUCUGUGGCGGCUUUGAGUGGAGCUCCGUUUGGUGAAGGCACAGGCGAUAUCCUCCUAGACGCGGUAGAAUGUUAUGGGAACGAAUCCUCCAUCUUGGAUUGCAUUCACGGUGGAGUAGGAGUUCAUGACUGCAAACACGAUGAAGAUGCAGGAGUUCGUUGUUCUAUAAGUGCAGUUCGUCUCGUCGAUGGAAGAUAUCCUUGGGAGGGAAAGGUGGAAGUAUUCAAAGAUGGUUCCUGGGGAACCGUAUGCGACAAUAACUGGGACAUGGAUGAUGCCAAUGUGGUCUGCAGAAGUCUAGGACUAGGUGAGGCUGUUGAGGUAACCACCUUCCAUGAUUGUUGUUUCCAGGACUACCAUGAUGUUGACGAGGGAUUGGAUGACAUUUUCUUGGACGAAGUAGAGUGUCUUGGAAACGAAUCUAUCCUGCUUGAUUGUCCACAUUCUGGUUUUGGAGUUUACAACUGCAAUCACACACAAGAUGCAACAGUAAAAUGCAAAACUGGGAUUCGCCUAGUUGGUGGAAUCAACAGCCUUGAGGGUCGGGUUGAAGUGUUCUACGAUGGUUCCUGGGGUACGGUGUGCAGUCACCACUUCGAUAUCAUCGAUGCUCACGUAGUCUGCAAGAGUCUCGGUCACACCUUCGCACUGAGUGCGUCGUCGUACGCAGACUUCGGGCAGGGAACGGGCGAUAUCGUCUUGGAUGGUCUCCAGUGCACCGGCAGCGAAACGAAUAUUUACGAAUGCGAAAGUGAUGAUACGAAUUUCUUCAAAUGCUUUCAUCAAAUGGACGCGGGAGUCACUUGUUCACCAGAAGAUUACGCCGUCUUCCUCAUCAACGGGAGCACGUAUCUAGAGGGUCGGGUGAAGGUUGCUUAUCAAGGCUACCUAGGUACUGUCUGCGACACCUCUUGGGAUAUGAAGAAUGCUAAUGUCAUCUGUAAAAGUCUAGGUUUCGGACACGCCGUGAGCAUCAAUGACUUUGGCCCAGGGAUCGGAGACAUCAUCCUCGACGACAUUCAUUGUGUUGGUAACGAGAGUAGCAUUUUCAAUUGUUCUCAUGGCGGGCUUGGAGUUCAUAACUGUAAUCAUUCUCAAGACGCUGGAGUAACAUGCUUCGGAGAGGAUGUCUGUAUUACUGGACUGUGUGAUAUAAACAUAUUUCCAAAAGGCACCGGUAAAUGUAUUCCAGUAGUUCAAGACUGCUUCGUCGACGGUACUUGGGGACUAUUUUGCAUGCCCCAAAGACCUUCGCUGCAUGAAUCUGCUGCAAUAGAAUGCAUGGGGCUCGAAGACUACAAGUCCGAAAACAUGACGAGACAAAUCAUUUUAGAUCGGCAAAGGAAUGUCAAAAAUUUGUAUUUAAAUAAAACGUUUAUUGAAGUGCUACCCGGUGGAGCAUUUUAUGGAAUGAAGAAUCUCGAAUGGCUAGAUCUGAAUGAUAACAAUAUAACGACGAUUUUUCCUGAUACAUUUUCCGGACUGAGCAACCUGUUAUAUCUAUACCUUACGAACAACAAUAUUUCUUCUAUUCCCGAUGGAACCUUUUCUGAGUUGGACAACUUGGUUUGGUUAGAACUAAACGGGGCAGGGAUAAUGAGUGUAUCGGCAAAUUCUUUUGAGGGACUUUACAACCUGCAACAUUUGAACUUGGAUGGAAACCUGAUUGAAACCAUACCAGCAGAUAUCUUCAUAGAAACAUACAGUUUGAAUUACUUAUAUCUACAGGAAAAUCGAAUAAGAUGGAUUCCAGAUGACACAUUCAGUAACUUAUUCCUUCUUUUCUAUCUUGAUCUCCAUGACAAUCUACUCGAGGUUAUUACUGAUAGAACCUUGUAUGGAUUAUCUUUCCUUUUUUACCUAGAUCUUUCUUAUAACAACAUCGAAGUCUUAUCACGGGCUGCAUUCUCUGAUCUGUUUACACUGGACCUACUCGAUUUGAAGAACAACAGAAUCAAGAUAUUACCAGAGAUCAUUUUUAAAGAUUUACACAACCUAUUUUAUCUAUACCUGCAAGAUAAUAAUAUUGACGUUAUCCCGGAAGGAGCUUUUUCUGAAAUGGAGACAUUGAGAGUCCUAUUGUUGCAAAAUAACAACAUUACUGAAAUACCAGAUAAAGCAUUCAUCAACCUGUCUCGCCUUACAACCUUGAAUAUAUCAUCGAAUUCAAUCGCAUAUUUGCAGAAUGGUGCAUUUCUGGGACAAGAAAAUUUGGAAUAUUUAGACUUGGGGUACAACAAGAUCAAGAGUAUCGAAUCUGAAUCAUUCGCAAAUCUGAGUAACCUACUCUAUCUAUUUCUAUUGGACCUUGAUUUAGACACAAUUUCCUACGAAAUCAUGAACGAUCUAACUGGACUCAAAGCUCUGUCUACAUCUGACAACCGCCUCUGUUGUCUUCUCAGUCAUUCUGAAAACGUCACCUGUGCCAGGACUUCUCCACCAAGUCCCCUGGACACCUGCGGCAGCUUGUACCCAAGUACCGUCCUGCGAUUUGCCGGUUGGAUCAUCGGCCUCUCUUCUCUAUGUGGGAAUGUGUUCGUCUUAUUUCUGCGCGCUACCCAGAAACAACGCAAGACCGUCCAGAACAUCCUCACAAUGAACCUAGCCGUCGCAGACUCCCUGAUGGGUGUUUAUAUGAUCAUCAUAACAUCUGCUGAUGUUUAUUUCAAUAGACUAUAUUUCCUUAGUGCCCCGCUCUGGAGAGAAUCCUUCCCUUGUAAAUUAUCCUCAUUUCUUGCAUUUUUCUCGAGCGAACUGUCCGUAUUCACACUGACCCUAAUCACCCUGGAUAGGUACAUCAGCAUUGUUUAUCCCUUUGGAAAAUUCAAGAUGACUACCAAAACUGCCAGCUUCGCCGUCGUAUUCACAUGGUUCUUCACUCUCUUGUUUAGCUCGGUUCCAUUCCUUGUCGGAUAUAACGUACCCGGGUUCUAUGGACUAUCCGAUGUCUGUAUCGGUUUACCGCUCCAUGUAGAACUCGGAGAGACUGGCAGACUGGACAUUGUCUGGGACGAGGAGCUGAGUUCCGAAUACAUUGUAAAGUACGUAGUUACCGAUUACGACAACAGGAAUGUCUGGGUAUUCUCAAUCGUAACCUUUAUCGGUUUGAACAUGGCACUUUUCCUGACCAUCCUUAUUUGCUACGUCGUGAUGUUUGUGACCGUUAAACGCUCGUCGGAGUCCAUCCGGAACUCGGCGGGCAGAAAUCGCGAAAUCCAGAUCGCCCGAAAGAUGGCGUUUAUUGUUGGGACUGACUUCGCUUGUUGGAUGCCCAUCAUAGUUUUGGGUAUCUUGACGCAAACCGGACUCGUCGUUCUACCGACCUCCCUAUAUGCCUGGACUGUAAUUUUCAUCAUCCCAAUCAAUUCCUCUAUCAACCCUGUCCUGUAUACCUUCAUUAACUACCUUGAAGGUAAUAAGACUAAAGGGAAAACCCAUGAUUCUCUUCAGACCCGUUCUACUCGGUUGAGCAAGGAGGGAAAUGGGCUGCAUUUGAGUCGCUUAGGAUCAAACAGCUCAAAUAUGAAUUAAUUGGUAUCGUAGAAUACGAAUAAGACGUAGCGAUGUAUGUGGAAGAAAGGGAUGAACUCGGAGAGAAAAUACAAGUAAUCUUCUAAACUUUACAUUUGAAUUGUAAAAAUAUCGACUAAUUACCAAUGAAAAUAAAAAUCUGUGCUAAAGCAAAUACCUAAAUAUUAGGAAAUAUGUAAACAAUGAAUUCUUUGCGAAAUUUUUAAUAAAAUCAAUCAUGAUAAGAAAUUCAAAAAAUAGCGUACAUGAAAGUGUAAUAAUUAACUGCUUGUUUAGGAUCUAUUUAUUUAUAAGACAUGAUAGGUGUGCGCAAUUUACAUGGUUUAAAGAUGUUAGUCCUGUCAAGUUUGGUGAUCCUUCUUGUUAAAGUUGAAGUUAUUAAAAGUUAUUGAAUAGUGCUUGUUCAUGAACAAAAAGACCAUGGGUUUGUUGCCGAAAAGACCACAGACGGCCAAGUCAGUGCUGAUAAUUUACCUUUACAGGAUUUUUUUUUACCUAUUCCAUAUUAUUUGUCAUCUUUGUCCCUACAAAUGCCGUAAAAUGUACAACAAGGUUAGUAGGUCACUACUAAGUCACUAACUAGUUUAAUUCAAAGGGAUGGGGAUAUAUCCCCACUUUUCGGAGCGGGGGAUGGCCUGCACAAUCAUCACCCCACACUUUUCAAGACAAAAAAGAUAAUUGUUUUAAUCAUCUAAAUAAUGAUUUCUACUGUUAGUAGAAAUUCAUACGUUUGGAAUAAUUGGAAAGGAUAUACUCGCUGCAUCAUAAACAUGAUAAAAGCAUGAAUGAAUUCAUUAAGGAAUUGUACGAUGCCAUUUACUUUAAAAUAUGGUCGUAUAUUUGUUCAUACAAAAAUCAUAUCAUUUGUUACAUACACUGGAGUGAAUGAAGGGGGGGGGGGCAUUUGUUGACGAAGGGGAUAAUUUGUAAAAAAUUUGGCCUACCCCAAGUAAUCAUUUUAAUUCUAUUAUUUAAAGGAAUUGUUCCAAUCGGCAAUUCGGCAUCAUAAUGACACAUUCGUAUAGAAUUUAAAUGCAUAUGUAUUGCAAGUAUGAUGUUAGAAUUAAUACUAUUUAUUUUCGAGAUAAAGAUAAGUUGUGACUUGGGUUGCAUUUUCUUUGUCUUUGGUGAAUGUGAUGCACAAAUACUUGACAUAUAGAACUGUAAAUGAAUAAGGUAGUGGUAUGGUUGACGUAUAAUGAUUUCUGCUAUUGUCUGAUCCUGAGACAUGCAGGGAAUAUUGAUUAAUCGCCAGAAAAUAUUUGGUAUCCUAAACUGAUAACAUGAUUUUCCUUUUACAUCAGCUGAUCUGGCUGUAAAUGAUAUUACUGAAAUGUAUUUGUGAAUCUUGUUUGUAUAUCAGCAUAUGGAAUUGCUUGUUUGUAAUGAUAUUGAAAAUUAUUUUGUAUAUACUUGUAGUUGCAACGAAAUUAGCCUAUAUUUGAAAUGACCAUUGAUUGCACGGCGUAAUUUUAAAGGCAUUUAUUGCUAGUAUUUAUCUUGACUAUGAUGUUUUUUCAUUGAGUGAGCGACAUGAGUUAUGUAAUAAGAUAAUUAUUGCAUGUAUUUUCCAUUUUAAAAUGAUCAAGAAACAUUUCUUUUAUAGUAGUAUUACUAUUUUUUUUUUAAUAUUAUCAUUUGAGAAUGUGAGAAUUUGCGAUUUAAAUCAACCUAAAAU